CCUUCCCCUACCGAGGACGCGCAAGCACGCCCUCAUCCUCGAAGUGUUCGACAUACUGAUCCAUCUGCCAUUCUGCUGCUUUCAAGAUGUCAGGUCGCGGUGCUGGACGCGGACGUGGACGUGGGAGGGUCGAUCCUUCGUCUAUGUCGCUCGUUGGCCAGCGCGGGAGAGGCGCGGGACCUACCCGCGGAGGGUUCACAUCGACGGCCAGCCGUGGGGCUGCUCCGGUGCAGAUUGCCGAGCAUGUUACUACCAUUGGGGUGAAGCGCCCCAACUUCGGCACCGCGGGCACGCAGAUCCAAAUCAAGGCCAAUUCGUUCGAAGCUACACUUCCCGACAAGAUCAUUCAUCAUUACGAUGUAGUCAUGAAGCCGUCCGAGAAGACCACGCCCGAGAGGUUCACGAGGGAGAUGAUCAAGACCUUACAGCAGGACGUCGCUCCGAACGUCUUCACUCCUAAGGCUGUUUACGACGGUCGCAAGAAUUUGUACGCCGCGCGAGAGCUGCCCUUUCCUGAGGGUGUCUUGUCUUACGAGUAUCGAUUCGUCUGCGGCAACAACGAAGGACAUCCGCCGAAAGAGGUCUCCGUGCGGCUGACGAAGGUCGCUGAGAUCAAUCCAGAGAGCGCUCGUCGCUUCAUCGCCGGAAAGCAAUCCCACGAUAGCGAUGUGCAGACCACCUUGACGGCUGCGAAUGUGAUCAUUCGCAUGGAGCCAAGUCAGAAAUUCCCCUUCAACGUUCGAUCUUUCUAUUCCAAUGUGGGCAGUCAGAACAUCGGUAGAGGGAUCGAGCUUUGGAGGGGGACCUUCCAGAGCUUCCGCCCCGGGAUUGGGCGCUGCUUUAUCAACCUCGAUAUCAGCACGGCGGCCAUGGUACAGCGGGGGAGUCUUAUCGACCUUUGCCUUGCCAUUAUCGGGCAAAAGGACCCCAGGUGCCUCUCGCCAGGUAUUCUGCCACACCGCGAGCGGCAGCGGCUCAAGCAAAGUCUCGUCAAUACCCGGAUCACUGUGCCGUCAGCAGGUGCCUCUGGUCCACAGAAGCGCAUGCACACCAUCACCGGCCUCACAAGCUUGAGCGCGUCAGAGCUCAUCUUCGCCAUGAAGGAUGUCGAUGGCAAGACCAUCAAGACAACCGUGGCCAAGUACUGCGAGAUGAAGGGCCGGAAGCUUCGUUUCCCAAAGAACAUUUGCGUUGAGGUCCGAAGCAAAGCAUUUAUCCCUCUGGAGUUGGCAGAAGUCCCAGCGGGGCAGAUCAGACGCCAGCAGAUCCCUGCAGACAAGACGGACGACAUCGUCAGGUUUGCCACGAAGAAACCUGCCGAGCGCUUUGCGGAGAUCGAGCGCGGACACGCCAAUAUGAACUACACCCUGUCUGAGUAUUGUCGGGCGUUCGGUGUCGAAGUCAAGCAGGAGUUUGUGCAAGCAUACGGACGUGUCUUGCCGCCGCCCGUGCUCAAAUUCGGCACGGGAUCGAAGGCAUCGACCACUCACACGCCAGGCAAAGGGUCUUGGAAUUAUAUCGACAGAAAGCUUAAGGAGCCCUGCGGGAUCCAGUGCUGGGGUGUGGUCAAUUAUGAUCCCCGCUUCAUCGGCCGCAUCGACAAGCUUGUGUCCGACAUCGUGCAAGGUGGCCAUCUGCUUGGAAUGACCAUCACGCCGCGUCCGGCCUUCAAAGACACCCUCAAUGGCCAGGCAAACAUCGUCGAGGGACUGGACGAGGUGGUCAAGAAGUGUGGCAAGCAACCGACGAUCCUCAUCGUCGUCUUGCCGGAGGGAGGCAAUGAUAUCUACAUUGCCAUGAAGCACUGGGGUGAUAUCCUACGAGGGAUCCCGACACAGGCGCUGAAGAGCCGUAAGUGCUGGGGGGCCAAAGAGCAGUAUUACUCGAAUGUCUGCUUGAAGAUCAACGCAAAGCUCGGUGGGGUCAACGUGAUGCUCGAGCCGCGGUCGAUCCCAACUCUCGCUGACCCACACUUCCCUACGCUCCUCAUCGGCGCCGACAGCAUUCACCCGCCACCCGGAGCCGACGGUCGUCCGUCCUUCUCAGCCGUCGUUGGCAACAUCGAUGCUUCAGCGACCAAGUUCCGCGCGGUGAUGGGCGUGCAACCGUCGCGCCAGGAGACCAUCGUCGAGUUCGCCGAGAAGGUGAAGGGGAACCUCAAAGCGUUCAUGGAGAACGGCGAGAACGUAGAGAAGCGCCCCAAGGCGUCAGUUGCGCCGAAGCGCCUCAUAUACUACCGAGACGGCGUGUCGGAGGGCCAGUUUUCUGCGGUGCUCGAGCAGGAGUUGCCGCAGUUGAAGCAGGCUUGCGCCGCGCUCAACGUCCAGGCCAAGAUUACCGUUGUGAUAGUGGCGAAGCGCCACCACCACCGUUUCCUGCCCGUGAAUCCCAAGGAUGCCGGCGACGGCCUGGGCAACUGUCCCGCGGGCACCGUCAUCGACUCGGUCAUCGCGCACCCGACCGAGUUCGACUUUUACCUGCAGUCGCACGCAGGGCUGCUCGGCACGUCACGCCCGGCGCACUACUCGGUGCUGUACGACGAGAACAACUUCACGGCGGACAGCAUUCAGUCGCUGUCGUACGCACUCUGCCACGUCUACGCGAGAAGCACGCGCACCGUGUCGGUGCCGGCGCCGGUGUUUUACGCCGACAUCGUCUGCUCGCGCGCUAAGACGCACUACGACCCCGAGGAGAGCGACAAGUCUGGCAGCGAGUCCGGCGUGGGCAGCGGUAGUCAGAACGCCAGCGAGGUGCUGGAGGCGUUCAGGAAGAACUUCAAGCCUCUGCACAAGAACCAGGAGAACCGUAUGUACUUCAUGUGAGCGCGCGAUGGCUCUGGACUGGCAAGAGGCCGAAUUUCUGUACAUGCUUGCCCAAAUAUGUUGUCGUGCCCAUUGUAAUGUUAGAUCGGGAAAUACCCAUGUUGGCUGCAUAUUUUGUUUUCACUC